AUGUAACAAAAUGUUCUGAAGUAACAGCCUCCAAUGGCGGAUGGACGCUACUGAACUCCAAACUCAUCAUCUGGAUAACUCCUUCACCAGAUGGCCCAGAAAGAAGCAAUCCCCUUUUGCCUCUAUUGACCAAUUGCACGCAAACACACACAUUCACUCGCUUGCCUUUUUUCCCAUUCAAAAUUAUGAAGCCUCGACCCUUCAGCGUCUUCCAGAGCCAAAAAAGAACGCUCUCUCAAUCAUUUUUAUUUAUUUUAAUUAAUUAAUUAAUUCAGUCUCAAAAUCACCUCAUAUCUACAGCAUCUGCAAAAUGUCUGCAGUGUGGAAACUCAUGGCCACCAUAUCCAAUUCGCUCUCUCUCAAGCACGGUCUAUCUCUCUGCUCUCCAUACUCUUCUUCUCUCAAUCGAAGUUUUCACACUCCUACUGUCGGAUAUCGAACUGUCUACCGGAACUACGUUGUCGCCUCAUCCGCCUUCUCAAAUGAGAAUCGAGAGUAUGUGAUUGUUGGUGGCGGGAAUGCGGCGGGAUAUGCUGCGCGGACUUUUGUCGAGCACGGAAUGGCCGAUGGGAGGCUCUGUAUUGUGACUAAGGAGCCUCAUGCUCCCUAUGAGCGACCAGCUUUAACUAAGGGAUACUUGUUUCCUCUAGAUAAGAAGCCAGCACGCUUGCCUGGAUUUCAUACUUGUGUUGGAUCUGGUGGCGAAAGGCAAACUCCAGACUGGUAUAAAGAGAAAGGGAUUGAGAUGUUGUAUGAAGAUCCAGUGACAAGCGUUGAUAUUGAGAAGCAAACACUUGCAACGAAUUCAGGCAGGGUUCUCAAGUAUGGAACUCUAAUCAUCGCUACAGGAUGUACAGCAUCAAGAUUUCCGGAGAAAAUUGGAGGAAAUUUACCUGGGGUUCACUACAUCAGGGAUGUGGCAGAUGCUGAUGCACUAAUAUCAUCUUUGGAGAAAGCACGGAAGGUAGUGGUGGUUGGUGGUGGUUACAUUGGUAUGGAGGUUGCUGCAGCAGCUGUUGGUUGGAAACUUGAUACUACAAUCAUUUUUCCAGAGAAGCAUCUUUUGCAAAGGUUAUUCACUCCUUCACUUGCUUAUAGAUAUGAAGAAUUAUACAAAGAGAACGGUGUCAAAUUCUUAAAGGGUACCUCUAUAAAAAACUUGGAAGCUGGUUCAGAUGGACGAGUAGCUUCUGUUAAACUUGAAGAUGGAUCUAUCAUAGAAGCAGACACGGUAAUAAUUGGUAUUGGAGCAAAGCCAGCUGUCGGUCCCUUCGAAAAAGUUGGGUUGAAUUUGAAUGCCACUGUUGGUGGAAUACAGGUAGAUGGUCUGUUCAGGACAAAUAUACCUGGAAUUUUUGCAAUUGGAGAUGUCGCAGCAUUCCCAUUAAAGAUGUAUAACCGUACAGCUAGAGUUGAACAUGUAGACCAUGCUCGUAGAUCAGCACAGCAUUGUGUUAAAGCAUUACUUACUGCUCAGACUACGGUAUAUGAUUAUCUCCCAUACUUCUAUUCAAGGGUAUUUGAGUAUGAAGGGAGCCCAAGAAAAAUAUGGUGGCAGUUUUUUGGAGACAAUGUUGGAGAGACAAUAGAGAUUGGAAAUUUUGACCCUAAGAUUGCGACUUUCUGGAUGGAUUCUGGUAAACUGAAAGGAGUUUUACUUGAAAGUGGAAGUCCUGAGGAAUUUCAACUCCUUCCGAAACUUGCCAGGAGCCAACCUAGUGUUGAUAAAUCCAAGCUUCAGAAAGCAUCUUCAGUUGAGGAGGCACUAGAAAUAGCUCAGGAAUCCCUGCAAGCUGCCGUUUAGUUGAGCAUUACAUGCCAGUUCCUUUAAUGCGGUCACUACAUACAAAUUCUUCUUGAUGGGCUCCAUCUGCAUAUGUGUAUGUCUAUAAUAAAGCUGAUUCCUGAAAAAUUUUGAUAUUUGGUACUUACACAUGCUUUAUAUAUUUCCUAAUAAGUCUAUUUAAACUUUUUAA